UACCCACAGCCAAGCGGUCUGCCAGAGCAGCCACUGGAGUCGGAGGGAGCAGGAGGGAGCGAGCUCCAGUCAGAGCCAGAGCCAGAGCCAGGACUCCAAGGGCCAGAACUUUUCUUGGGGGACAGCGUGGGCACUGUGCCAGCCUCACCUGGUCUCCACCCGCCUUCGAGCUUCAGGUCCUGAUCCUCUCACCUGGAGGCCACCCAUGCCACCCACCCCGGGAGAGAAACACAAACUUUCUUAGCGAAAUCACCUCUGCUGCUGGGCUGGCUGGACAGGGAAGAGCAGACGUCUGGACAGACAGAUGAACAGAUGGACAGGGCGUCUGUGAGCCUGCCCACCCAGUCCCGACUGACAGGCAAUAGCAGAGCGGGCAGCCAGGGGGCCUAGUGUUCCACCGGGGGCAGCGAGGGGUCCUGCCGGACCUGUGUCUCCCUCCGAGUGCAGGCAGCUACCUGCGUCCCGAGGCCGGCCCUGUGGGUCAGGACAGGAGUCCCCAGCAGACAGAGCCACAGGCUCUUCCACCCACCGAGGCAACGGGUAACCUGAGUGAAAAGGCACAGGUGGCAGGUGGGCAGGCGCGGGGCCCAGAGGCCAACAGGCUGCUGACCCUGGAGCGCUCUGGCUCGGGCCCCCCUGCACAGGCUGGGGACGAUGCCGAUGAGGCCACCACCAGCCACCCCUGCCCCGUCCUGGAGCUGCCUCCAGCCUGGCCUCUGGGCUGUGGAGCCGAAGAUGUGCCAGCCUUCUGCUUCGUGUGCUUCCACAGAGAGGAGGAGGAGGAGCUGCUGGAAGAGGUCUCACUGCAGAGGCUGGAAGCUCCUGAAGACAAGGACAGUCUGUGUAGCUCAUCUAUUUACCCUAAUGCCCCUUUACGGGAGAAGAUGAGCGUGGGCUGCCCAGAGCCCGAGCCACCCCGCUCCCUGCCCUGCUGUGGGCCAGGGACUGCCCCUGGGCUGGGUGCAGGCGUGCCCCUCCUCACUGAAGACAUGCAGGCACUGACCCUCCGCACACUAGCAGCUAGCGAUGUCACCAAGCACUACGAGCUCGUCCGGGAGCUAGGCAAGGGCACCUAUGGGAAGGUCGACUUGGUGGCCUAUAAGGGCACAGGCACGAAAAUGGCGCUGAAGUUUGUGAACAAGAACAAGACCAAGCUGAAGAACUUCCUGCGGGAGGUGAGCAUCACCAACAGCCUCUCCUCCAGCCCCUUCAUCAUCAAGGUCUUUGACGUGGUUUUUGAGACGGAGGACUGCUAUGUCUUCGCCCAAGAGUAUGCGCCCGCCGGGGACCUGUUUGACAUCAUUCCUCCUCAGGUGGGGCUCCCCGAGGACACGGUGAAGCGCUGCGUGCAGCAGCUGGGCCUGGCGCUGGACUUCAUGCACGGGCGGCAGCUGGUGCACCGCGACAUCAAGCCCGAGAACGUGCUGCUGUUCGACCGCGAGUGCCGCCGCGUGAAGCUGGCCGACUUCGGCAUGACGCGCCGCGUGGGCUGCCGCGUGAAGCGGGUCAGCGGCACCAUCCCGUACACGGCGCCCGAGGUGUGCCAGGCGGGCCGCGCCGACGGCUUCGCGGUGGACACCGGCGUGGACGUGUGGGCCUUCGGCGUGCUCAUCUUCUGCGUGCUCACCGGCAACUUCCCGUGGGAGGCGGCGUCGGGCGCGGACGCCUUCUUCGAGGAGUUCGUGCGCUGGCAGCGGGGCCGCCUGCCGGGGCUGCCGUCGCAGUGGCGCCGCUUCACCGAGCCCGCGCUGCGCAUGUUCCAGCGCCUGCUGGCCCUGGAGCCCGAGCGCCGCGGGCCGGCCAAGGAGGUGUUCCGCUUCCUCAAGCACGAGCUCACGUCCGAGCUGCGGCGCCGGCCCUCGCACCGCGCGCGCAAGCCCGCCGGGGACCGCCCGCCCGCCGCCGGGCCGCUGCGCCUCGAGGCUCCCGGGCCGCUCAAGCGGACGGUGCUGACCGAGAGCGGCAGCGGCUCCCGGCCCGCGGCCCCCGCCGUGGGGCCCGCGCCCGCGCCCGCGCCGGUGCCCGUGCCCGUGCCCGUGCCCGUGCCCGUGCCCGAGGCCGGCCUGGCGCCCCCGGGGCCCCCCGGCAGGACGGACGGCCGCGCGGACAAGAGCAAAGGGCAGGUGGUGCUGGCCACGGCCAUCGAGAUCUGCGUCUGAGCCCGCCCCCGCCGCCCUCGGGCUGGGCCGCCAGCUCCAGCUCCAGCUCCAGCUCCAGCUCCAGCUCCAGCUCGCAGCGCGCACCCGCGCCACCCGCGCCACCCGCGCCGCCGGGACCGCCCCGCACCCGCGCCCCG